AGGAGCAAGGCCAGCAGCACGGUCAGCAGCACGGCCAGCAGCACGGCCAGGAGCACGGCCAGGAGCAAGGCCAGCAGCACGGCCAGCAGCUAGCCGAGGCAGCGCCGCCCGCCCUGCUGUCCCCCGUGGUUGCAGAAACCGUGUCCCGCCACCUCGCCAAAGGGCACCUGGUGUUGGUGCUGGAGGCCGCGGCCGCGGUGCCGUUGUUUCUGCCUGCCAUCAAGGAGGGUGCACGCCGCGUCCACAAGGCGGCCAUCGCUUUUAGGAGCACACUACAGCUCAGGACUCGCCGGUCCCAAUCCGUCGUGUACCUGGACGCGGUGCCGCUGUCGAUCAAGACACUACGCUCAGUGGUGAAGACCAGGGUCGCCGGCAUGGCGGUGUUCGUGGUCCGUGGCCACCGGUACGAGGCGGAGCUCCGCGACCAGGCCAGCGUCGUGGUGGAGGCGGCCGUGGCUGCUGGCCCUGACGGCGCCACUUCGAGGGUGCCGACCACGUACCCGCUCGACGAGGCGAUGGUGCUCGCUGUGGUAAUGGCCAUCCAACCAGCCCGCCUCACUGACGUCAUUCGCUUGUCCGGAGAGGCUCUAAGCGUUGCGGCGCCCGGCUACCAGGCGAGCAGCCCGACAGCCACUUUGUCAAGGCUGCUGAAGAGCGGCUUCGUCGGCAGAAGGCGCCAGCGCGUGCACUGCCUACACCUGCAUGGUGUGCCUGACCAGCUGCGCGGCUUGGACGAGCACCUCCGUUUGAAGGACUACAUCCUCUCUGCAGUGCGACUGAUGGUGCGACCGGAAGACGAGGCCUGGCUUUGUAGCCGCGUGGUGUCGUCCUGGGCCCCCGGUCGGGCGGUGUCCGUGGUCCGUGGACACCGGUACGAGGCGGAGCUGCGCGAGAGCGCCCGCGUCGUGGUGGAGGCGGCCGUGGCUGCUGGCCCUGACGACGCCACUUCGAGGGUGCCGACCACGGACCCUCUCGACGAGGCGAUGGCGCCUGCUGUGGACCCUCUCGACGAGGCGAUGGCGAUGGCGCCUGCUGUGGGCCCUCUCGACGAGGCGAUGGCGCCUGCUGUGGACCCUCUCGACGAGGCGAUGGCGAUGGCGCCUGCUGUGGGCCCUCUCGACGAGGCGAUGGCGCCUGCUGUGGGCCCUCUCGACGAGGCGAUGGCGCCUGCUGUGGGCCCUCUCGACGAGGCGAUGGCGCCUGCUGUUACAAUGGCCAUCCAAUCACCCCACCCCACUGAUGCACCAAGAACAGCCCGGCACGAGCUGCUCCCAGCAACCGUGGAGCAGGUGACGGUGCCUCCAGAUCAGCGCAUCCAGGAGCUGAACUUGCGUGAGCUCUGUGACUCUCGGCUGGGCCAAAGGCAGGAAGAAAAGGCAGCGACGCUGGCACGCGUGCGGCAGCAAGGGGAAUGGGGCCGGCCUGCGGAGGAGCUUCCGGACAACUUCUUCGCCCUCGACGUCAUCGAGGCCCACCAGGGGAAUGCCGCUAGCUUUCCCGAGCCAAUGGCGUUUUCCUCUGUGAAGAAAGAAGAGCCUGUUGGAGACGACUCUGAAGCGUCUCCAUUAGAUCCUUCUCAGCUGAAAAACCUACCCGGUACGUCAGUUAAGGAGGACCAACAUUGCGACAUCGUCACCCAGAUGGACGUGGAGGAGAACUUCGAAACGAAGGAUGAGAAAUUGAAAAGCGGUUAUUCGGUUUUUCCGGAACCCGCAGUCAGUGAUGGCUGCAGGUCUUCGCCGUGGUGCGUGGACUGCUGGGCGCCGUCCACGCUCUGCUUCGACCAGCACGACGUGCGGAACUCCAAGGGGGUGCUGCGGCAGUGCCUCCAGGACGCGGUGCCGCGCGUCAAGCAGCUGCUCGGCGGCCUCCUGGACGGCGUCCAGGAUGACAGCGCCCUGGCAGCUCUGCAUGUGCUCCGCGGCGUGCCGGGGGACACCUGCACGCUGACCUUGCGCAAGGACGGCGAGGACGACCCGCUGCUGCUGACCAUGAUCGCCGCCCUGGCCGCCAGCGGACGCCUGCUGCAGGCACCAAGAACAGCCCACAUAGUGCACAGGGUGCAAAUAUUGGAUGAUGGACAAUGAGAAGUUCUGAACAGUGUCGUCCGGACAUGUCAGCGCCGCAUUUUCACCUGUGGGUGAGAAAAGGUCCACCACGGCCCGUGCCGCAGGCCGCAGCGGGCGCACCGAAGGCGAGUUGGCUUUGAUUGUCUCCGGGGCAGGAAGAAAGAGUGGUGCAUGAGAAAAGGUGUAAGCUCCUACCUUCAGUCCUCUCAAACUCAUUUUUCUCCUCCCUUUUCAAUUUGGAAAUAAAGAAUCUCGUCAAACUCU